UCAACAUUAAAUUCAAGUAUAAUAUUUUAUAAAAAUUAUUUCCUUUAACUAGUUCAAUUGUAAGAGUUAUUUAUUUAUUUUUACUAAGAUUUGUCAUAUUAUUAAACUGUUUUAUAAAUUUUUAGUGUCAAGAAAAAUAUUACUUUUAUAAUGAACUACUUUAAAUUCUUUCCAAUUCUGAUUUUUUUAAAAUUUUCUCAUCAAUUUGAUGAAAAAUUACCCGACAAUGCGUUACCGUAUCACUAUGACAUUAAGAUGUUUCCACCAACGAAUUCUAAUGUUUUUACUUUUGAGGGCGAAUCAGACAUUUUUCUUAACAUUUUAAAACCAACCGUAAACUUGACAUUGCAUUCAUUAAAUUUAAACAUAAAUUCCAAAAACACGAAACUCAAACAAAAUGGUGUAACUGUAAUGCCUAAAAAUCAUUUCUUUGAAGUUGAAUCACAAUUCUUGAUACUCAAUUUCGAAAAUGAAAUACAACCUGGAAAUUAUUGUCUUCAUUUGGAAUUCACUGGAGAAAUAGGAGAAGGAUUAGAUUCAAAUAAAUUUGGAUUCUUUAGACAAAAAAAUAUGAAUAGAACAUUAGUAUCAACACAGUUUAAAUCACCUCAUGCACGUCAAGUUUUUCCUUGUUGGGAUGAGCCAGAAAUAAAAGCUACAUUUUAUCUUUGGAUAAAACGAUUACCAAAUCAAGUAGCUUUGUCAAAUACACUAAUGCGAGGGAUUGUUGAUCAAAUCAAGGAAGAUGGUUAUAUGUGGUCAGUUUUUCAAACAACACCACCAAUGUCAACGAACAUGAUUUCAAUUGUUGUCACCGAUGUCCAUGAUGAUAUCACCAAUGUUGAUUCAAAAGUUGUUGUAAUAUGUAGUAAAGAAUAUGUAAACAAAGGAUUUUACAGUUUCGAGUUUGGAGUAAAUACGCUAACCCAAUUGGAGAAAUUCAUUGGAGUUCAAUACGAUUUACCAAAAAUGCAAAUGCUUGCAAUACUUAAUAAAAAUCAGAAACCAUUAGGAACUUGUGGUUUAAUUAUUACCAGGGAACUUACUAAACCAAUUUUGGAUAAUUUGGGAGAUAACGAUAAAAUGAUUUCGUAUGUUCAUAUAAUAUAUGAAUUAGCACGUCAGUGGUUUGGAUGUUUGAUCACUCCGGCAAGUUAUGGGGACACUUGGAUCACAGAGGGACUUGUUUUCUAUAUGAGUCACUUUGUCCUGAAUAAAAUGAAUUUGUCGUCAUCUGUGCAACACAUUAGAAGAGAAGCUUCUAUUGAUGCGCUGAACAUUAAUUUAAAUUUAUACAAAGUAUCAUCAGCGAAAGAUAAAACGAGUUUAAAUAAUUUUAAUAUUAAAGCUGAGGCUGUAAUGCAAAUGAUAAGCGGUUUAUUAACUGAACAAAUAUUUCAUGCGGCUAUUAAGAAAAUUGUGGAAGUAUAUAAAUACAAGUCAAUAACAACGGACGAAUUUUGGAAUUCACUUCAAGAAACAAUGAAUGAAUCACAAUUGAGGAGAAAUAAUUUUAAUCUCAGAAUGUACAUGGAACCUUACAUAGUGCAAGAAGGAUAUCCAAUCAUUAAUGUCGUCAGAGAUUAUUCAUGUAACACUAUAAAAUUAACGCAAAAUAGCUCAAUCGAUUCUAAUGACUCAGUUAAGCAAAAAUGGUGGGUACCAGUAAACAUUGCAAGCAGUGACACUUUAAAUUUUACGUCUACUUUUGCCACCAAUUGGAUAAACCCUCAUGAUGAGAAAUUAAUAGUGGACGGUCUGACUCACGACGACUGGUGGUACAUUGUCAAUGUCCAAAGCACUGGGUUGUAUCGAGUUAAUUAUGAUGAACGGAAUUGGAACAGAUUAGUGGACUACUUGAAUUCGGAGAACUAUAAAAAUAUCCAUAUAUUAAAUCGACUUAGAAUUGUUGAUGAUAUAUUAUUCUUUAAUGGGAAAAGUAUAUUCUCCGACAAAAUUUUAAUUGGUAUUUUUAAAUAUAUAUCAGGAGGUAGGAGAAGAAUAUAUGAAAUUGUCGCUGAUCCAAACAAUCUCUAUUAUGAAUGGACUUAUUUUAAGAAAACACCUUUAAUGUCCCCAAAUAUGGUGUGCAUUAUGGUCACUGACUUUCAUAAUAAUAUCAGCAAUUCAGAUAAUACAUUUUCAAUAGACUCUGAUAUGGAAUCAUUCGAUAAAGCAUUUCACACGCUUGCACGUGCAAUGAAUGCAAUGAAAUUACUUGAACAAUAUAUUGGAAUUAAAUCCGACUUCCCGAUAAUGCAGCUAAUAGGAGUUCUUGAUCAGAAUGAGGAACCAAUGGGAAAAUGCGGUGUAGUUAUCACUAAUUUACUCAUUAAACCAAAUGCAGACUAUUUGGAAGAUGAUCGGGAAGUAAAACCUUACGUACACAUUAUUUAUGAAUUAGCACGUCAAUGGUUGGGAUGUAUAAUGACUCCAGCUACUCCUGCGGACACUUGGAUUACCGAGGGACUUGUGUUCUACAUAAGUCAUAUCAUCCUUAGCAAAAUGGACAGCUUUUCAGUUUUUGUGGAAUUCACUAGGUACAGAUAUUCCUUUUAUGCACUAGAUGUGGAUUUAAAUGUAUACAAUGGACCAACUAUUCAAGAAGGCAGUUUGAUGAAUUAUGAUAUAGAAAUUGAAGCAUUGAUGCACAUGAUAAGUGGUGUAUUAACAGAAAAUAUUUUCCAUUCUAUAAUUAACACAAUUAUCCAAACUUAUAAAUACAAGACAAUAUCAACAGACCAAUUUUGGAAUACCGUUCAAGAAGAAAUGGAGAAAUCACAAAUUAAAAGGAAUAAUUUCAACAUUCGAAACUACUUGGAGACUUAUAUAUUACAAAACGGACAUCCUAUUGUUAAUAUUGAGAGAGAUUAUUCGUGCAACACUAUAAAAUUGAAGCAAACAAGUUCAAUAGCGUCUAAAGGAUUCGCUGAUCAAAACUGGUGGAUACCAAUAAAUAUAGUAGGCAGUCACACUCACAAUUUUUCAUCGACACAUGUAAAUAGUUGGAUGAAUCCGCACGAUGAGAAAUUGAUAGUCGAUGGUCUCACUCAUGAUGAUUGGUGGUACAUUGUAAAUGUACAAAGCUUUGGUUUGUAUCGUGUAAACUAUGAUGAAAGAAAUUGGAACAGAUUAGUGGAUUGUUUGAAUUCAGAAGAUUUUAGAAAGAUUCAUGUUUUAAAUCGAAUGAGAAUUGUUGAUGACGCAUUGUACUUCAAUCAAGAAAAUAAAUUACCCCAGAAUGUUAUAGAGGGCAUUAAAAAAUAUAUAAAUUCAAAGAAAGAUAUUGUUUCUUCCACAAGAGCUCGGGAUCUAUUGGAUUUACAAUAUUAAUGUUUAGU